AUUUCUCCGGCUGCUACAUUUUAUUUCCUUCUCAAACAACAUCAUCUUCUUCUUGUACAAUUCCUCGGCUGAGAUUAAUUAAUUAAUCAAUGGGGGUCGUACGUACAGAUGAGUCCCGGAGAGCCGAGAUCGAAGAGUUCCGUAAGAUGCUGUUAUCAUGUUCGAAUGGCGGUGUCGCUCUCAAAGUAAUUACUCAAAAUGAAACCAAUCACCCUCGAUUAUUAACCGACAACCCCGCUUAUGAACAGGCGACACAUCAGAAACUUGUUUGUGUCACGAGUGGUGUCUCUUUUCUUGGAAUCGCUAUUGUCAAACAACUUUUGGUUCGAGGCUAUGCGGUUCGAAUCAUCGUUGAUAACCAAGAAGAUGUAGAGCGACUAAGGGAGAUUGAAAAUUCAGAAGAGAUUAUUAUUAGGGGAAAUACAUCAAGCAAUAAUAAUAAUAAUAUCAAUCAGAUUGGAGUUGUUGUUGCAAAGCUUAACGAAUUAAAAAGCUUAAUGGAAGCGUUCGAUGGAUGUCAUGCCGUAUUUCAUACGACUGCUUUCAUUGAUCCAAGCGGCUUCUCCGGUUACUCGAAAUACAUGGCGGAAAUAGAGGCAAGGGCAGCCGAAAAUGUAGCAGAGGCGUGCGCAGCAACGCCUUCUGUUAGGAAGUAUGUGCUAACAUCAUCUCUAUUGACAUGUAUAUGGAGAGAUGUGUCUGAAAGCAGCCUCUCUUCUCUAGUAGACCAUAAUACCUGGAGCGACGAAUCCUUUUGCAUUCGCAAAAAGCUAUGGUAUGCAUUGGGUAAGUUGAAAGCAGAGAAAGCAUCAUGGAGAAUAGCCGUGGAAAAGGAAUUGAAAUUGGCCACAAUAUGCUCGGGUCUAAUUACUGGACCUCGCUACAUCUGUACAAAUCCAUCAUCCACCAUAGCGUACCUCAAAGGUGGUCAAGAUAUGUAUGCAGAUGGUCUAUUGGCGACGAUUGAUGUUAAUAAAUUAGCAGAGAUACAUGUAAAGGUACUUGAGGGAAUGAACAAAACUGGCGGUGGAAGGUAUGUGUGCUUUGACAAAGUUAUUCGUUGCCCGGAUGAGGUCCAGAGACUAGAGAGGGAAACUGGAGUUCACAUAAACACAAGCUCAAAUGAUGCAUUGUUUAGAUUUGAGUUGUCAAAUAGAAAGCUUGAUAGGUUAAUGUCACAAGUGAAUAGAUGCACGAAUGUAAGUUAGCAUUUAUAGAGAAAUGAUGAGAUUGAUUUUCACA